AUUCCAUUAUUUGAUCUUCCCUCAAAUUCUUUUUCUUCUUCUUCUUAAAGCUUGAUAAUUCUUCUUAGAGAGAGAAAAAGAAGAAAUGGAGUAUUGCAUUAAUGAAUUAGACAUGACUACACUUCAAUCUACUAUCCCUUUAGAUUCCUCUACUUUCCACCACUUAGACGAUUUCUUCUCACUCAACUCCGGCGCCGACGCCGACGACGACAACAACAACGUCGACGGCGUCGACUUCUCUUCUAUCGAUUCCUUCCUUGACCUCUCCGACGACCACCACCAUCAAUUAUUACAAGAAGACCAAUGGAAAGAAGAAGUUUCUAAUUCUCAAGACAAACCAGGAAACAUCCAAUUUACCACCACCUCCUUCCCCGGCGGCGACUCUCACGUAGUCGAAUUUCCACUUUUGCAACAAGUCGAGGAUUUUGAAGAUCUAGAAUGGUUAUCUCGAAUUGUAGAUGACUAUGAUUCAGAUUCCAAAUUAACCCUUCUCUAUAAUCCCCCCAUAAACCACCACCACCACCACCGAUCUCAUCCGCCGCCGCCGCCGCCGCCCCUUCUCUGCUUCUCCUGUCCAAUCCCAGCCAAACCCAGAACCAAAAGAACAAGACUCGCCGGAAAACUAUGGGGAAACGCCGUGACCGCCGCUUUAUCAAAUUCCUCUUCCUCUUCUUCUUCUUCCUCAAUAAUAUCCUACGGUUCUUCAAACUCUUCAAUCAGUUCUAAUACCAACUUAACCAUUCCAAUGAAAAAUCAAAUGAAGAAAAGAGGGUGGUCGGAAUUGGAAUCGGAAACGCAGAUUCGACGUUGUAGCCAUUGCCAUGUUCAGAAAACACCUCAGUGGAGAAGUGGUCCUCUUGGUCCAAAGACACUUUGUAACGCUUGUGGAGUUCGGUUUAAGUCCGGCAAACUUUUCCCGGAGUACAGACCGGCGUGUAGUCCGAGCUUUACCGGCGAACUUCACUCGAACAGUCAUAGGAAAGUAUUAGAGAUGCGACGGAAGAAGGAGACUAUUGAUAAACCGGGACAAGUGAGUUUUUGAGGAUAGACCGGUUCAAAAAUAAAUCUAUAGAAAACCGGGUUAAUUGGAACUUUAGAUAGAUAGAAUUGAUGUAUAAUUACUGAGUUAGGCAGGCAGGCCGGCAUCAAGGGUAUAAUAGUACUUUUCUUCAUUUUUAGAAAGCAGCCUUUCUUUUAUCCAUUAAUAACAACAGUAAUUU